UGGGCGGCGAUGCCCAGGCUGCUGCCCAACCUCGUCUUACGGCCUGCCCACCUCCGCCGCCUCUCUUCGUGGCUGCUAGGCGCCUGCAUCGGCUACCCCAACGACUUGGGCUACGCCGACCACCACCACCACCACCACCAGGGCCAGUACCACGACGACCACGGCCUCAAGGAGCUGGAGGAGCACUGCCCGGCGGUGCGCUUCGAUGAGCUCUCCGUAUCCAACGUCGGCACCAGCGCCGGGACGCCCAUCCACCCAGAGGGAUGCGUGGUGUGCCUUAGUGACUUCCACGGUGCCGCACGUGUGCGCCGGCCGCGGGGCUGCCAGCACGUCUUCCACUUUGGCUGCCUCGACCGCUGGGCCGCUCACGGCCACCGCACCUGCCCGCUUUGCCGGGCUCCGUUCCUCCCGCCCUUCCUCCUGCCCAUGCCGUUCCCGACGUCGUGAUUCACGCGGGGUGUUAUUUGCUUAAUUUCGUGACUGCUGAUGGCGAAUCCUGAGGAGAAGUUCCGAAUUUCUCGCUGCCUGUUAGGCUUUUGUGAAAACAAACCCAACUCACAGCAUGGGCCAAGGAGGCCAUGGCAGAGAGGUGUC